AACGUGUCGGCCAACCCCAAGCCCUCCGUGGUCGAGUGGGUGCGCGACGGCCGGCCCGAGUUCCGCCAGUCGGGCCCCGUGCUCUCGCUGCCCCGCGUCACGGCCGAGUCCGCCGGCACCUACACCUGCCGCGCCGUCAACAUGCUGGACGUGUCGACGCCCCCGCGGCGUCGAGUGGAACACAUCGGCAACGCCAGCCUCACGCUGCUCGUGCGCCACAAGCCCGGGCUGGCGCGCAUCUCCCCGGACAAGCCCGUGGCCACCGAGGGCUCUGGCGUCACCCUGUCGUGCACGGCGAACCCGCCAGGAUGGCCCGCGCCCCAGUACCGCUGGUGGAGGGACCCCCUGGACCAGCAGCCCGGCAGCGGCAGCCCCGUCACCGUCCUCGGCACCGGCCCCAAGUACACGAUCCAGUCGGCGCACCUCGGCAGCGAGGGCACCUACCACUGCCAGGCCUCCAACGAGAUCGGCCAAGGCGAGGCUGCCUCCGUGCUCCUCGAGGUCCACCAGCCGCCCAGGUUCCUCGCCAAGCUCCAGCCCCACGUCACUAGGAAGGUGAACGACGAGGACUUCACCGCCUCGUGCGGCGCGCACGGCAAGCCCAAGCCCUCCAUCCGCUGGCUCAAGGACGGUCGCGAGAUCGGCCCCGGGACCGCCGCCUCCGGCUUCUACGACAUCUCCACCGAGGAGUCCGAGAGCCGCAACUCCGUCUUCACCGUCCAGAGCGUCCUCAAGUUCUCCGGCCCCGAUCGUAAGCAGGGCAACCAGCUCGAGCCCAGCGACCGCGGCAUGUACACGUGCGUCUUCGAGAACGAGGUGAAGCGCGCCGAGACCACCAUGCACCUGCGCAUUGAACACGAGCCUAUCAUCCUGAACCGCUACAACAAGGUGGCCUACGACCUCCGCGAGGACGCCCAGGUGGUGUGCCGCGUGCAGGCGUACCCGCGCCCCGAGUUCCAGUGGAGCUACGGCAGCAACGCGGCCGCCCUUCUGAGCAGCAGCGACGGCCACUACGACAUCAGCACCACCAGCGAGAACGGCGACGUGUACACCAGCGUGCUCAAGGUGUCCAACAUCCGCGACGUGGACUACGGCGAGUACACCUGCCGCGCCAACAACGGCCUGGGCACCAAGCGCGAGACCAUCAAGCUGCAGCCCAAGGGCCCACCGGAACACCCCCAGGCCGUCAAGGCCACGGCCGUGGGCCACAACUUCGUGACCCUCUUGUGGGAGGCGGGCUUCGACGGCGGCGUGCAGAACACCAAGUACUUCGUCUCGUACCGGCGCGUGGCUGGCGGCAACGGCAACCCCACGGACGGCGACGAGCUGGCGAGCGACUGCUACUCGGCCGCGCCGCCCAGCGUCAACGCGGACCUGCUGGUGACGGCGCCGGAGGGCACGGGCGAGGCCGGCGGCUGGCAGGAGUUCGACUGCCAGAAGAACAACCCCUGCAACGUGACGUCCCUGCAGCAGCACGCCAGCUACGUGUUCAAGGUGAAGGCCUACAACACCAAGGGCCACAGCAACUACUCGGAGCCGGUGCCCGCGCUCACCAAGGUCGACCGCAUCCCCGCGCCUCAGCGCGCCACCUACGACACGGACUCGCACUCGCUCUCCGUGUACGUGGCGGCCACCUGCCUGACGCUCGACGCGCAGGUGGAGGCCUCGCUCGGCAUCGUGCAGGAGGUGGGCACCGGGCGCGAGAUGGAGGAGUGGCACCACGUCGAGUCCUUCCACAUCCAGGCUUCUGGUGCGGCGGCCACUCGCAAGGAGGUCAUCAUCCCGUCGCUGGCUGGCAGCAAGCAGCACCCGGAGGGAGGUUAUCGAUCAUCCGGCAGGUCUUUGGGGGAUGAAAGCUACUUCGGCAGUGAGCUUCCUGAAGAUGAGGUGGACCCAGACCAUCAGCAGAUCACUCAAACUGAACCCCGCGUGCGAGUCAGAUUCUGCUUGCGUGCGAACGCAGACACAUGCGGAGAUUACACUGAGGCCGAGAUUGGACCAUCCCUCAUCAGGGAAGCCCAUAUUCUUCCAACACCUACACUCAUAGCCAUCGUUGUUUCUUGUGUGGUGUUUAUCCUGUUUGUUGGCUUACUCUUCAUGUUCUGCCGAUGCAAGAGGCAUCAGAACAAGAAAGCUGGCGGAAAGAACUAUGAAAUGAACUCUUCAAAGUGAGUAUUAGUCGUUUACUGUAUGUUACGUAACUUUGCCAACUUCCUGAAUGAGCUGAAUCUGAGAUGCAUUAAAUAUGUUCCCGUAUACUUGUACUGUGCAGUGUGCACUAAAGACAAAAGUCAUAGAGGGUUUAAUCUUAUGGGAGAGCCAGUAUAGUACAAGUAACUGCUUAAAUAAGGCAAACUUUGUAUGUUAAAAUCUUGGUUUUUCUCGUUCAUAGUACAGAGUGCAAAAGAGUAUUGUC